AUGGCUCAACUUUGUGAAUCACCAAAGACGUUAUCGGAACGUAUUUUUAAGUUACAAAGUAAUACUAAAAAGACGUCUAAAUCAAGAUACACAAAUAAGAAAUUACCAAUAUGUUUAGCGCGCGACGCUAUUAGAGCACUAGAAGGUUGCCUUUCUGAUUUAGAAUUAUCUUCUGAUGACGAAGGACCAGUUGGACCUGCGUCUGAACAGGAGCUAUGA